AGCCGCCAGCAGCAGGGACGGACCGGGACCCACCGGCUCUGCCAUGGCCGCACCGCACCGCCCACGACCGUCCCGCACCUCCCCCGGGUUCGCACCGCCCCCGGGUUCCGCACCGCCUCCGGGAUCCACACCGCCCCCGGGAUCCCGCACCGACCCGGAAUCCGCACCGCCCCCGGGAUCCCGCACCGCCUCCGGGAUCCACACCGCCCCCGGGUCCCGCACCGCCUCCGGGAUCCCGCACCGACCCGGAAUCCGCCCCGCCCCCGGGAUCCGCUCCCCCCCCCGUGCCUUGCACCGUCCCCGGGUCCCGCACCGCCCCUGAGCGCCCCGCACCCUUCCCAGGGUUCUGGGAAAGGCUGGUCGUGCGUGGGCAGCCCUAUGGGCAAGGCGAGAGCUGGCCCGCACACACCCCGUGUGUACCUACGGCGGGGCCAGCGCCGGGGCUUUUUUAACGCAUAUAUCCAAAUCUGUAUCGCAGAGCCUGUCCUAAUAUAUGUACAGAUAAAUAUGUGUCUGUUUGCACGGGUGCCUCUCUUACAUUUGCGGCUUCUGCCGAUACAACGUAUGUAACACAUACAUGUAUCGAUAGAUGUCUGUGUUAUCCCUGUAUACGUCAACGUCUGUGCUUUUGCUAUAUGCUCAGGUACACACACCUGUGUGUGAGGUUCCCCCCGCCCCCGGGCCACUCCCGGGGCGGGGCCCGUUACCGGUUCCCGUCCAGCCGCCGCCGCGGGACCGCUCGGCCCGGGGGGACGAGCCCAUGGCCGGGAAGGAGCCGCUGCUGAGCGCCCUUAAAGGUGCGGUGCUGCAGCUGCGGGAGGUCGGGGGGCCCUGCACGGACACCUCGCCGCACCUCGUGUCCCUCUGCCAGCGGCUGGAGAGCAUCCUGCGCAAGGGGCUCCGACAACCGGCUUGGGGCUUCCGGAGACGGGAUUACUGGCACUGGCUGGAACAGCUUCCCGCGGGGACCAGCGGCAGGCCGACCCCUCUCUCCAUGAGCAUCCAGAGAGCCGGGGGCUGUGAGCGGACACGGACGGCCCAGGGCCGCGGGCGGUACUUCCUGCGCUUGGCCCUGCAAGGGAAGGUGCUGGCGGUGGCCGUGAAGGAGCUGGCACAGACCCCCGGACUCCUGGAGUUUUAUGAUCCAGAGAGCUCCAUCCUCGGCAGUGAAGGUCUCCGGGAGCCUUUCCUCUCGCUGCUGCUGGUGCUGACAGAGAUGGAUUUCUCCCUGGAUCUGCAGAAUUGCAGCUUCUUGGACGAGAGCUGGCUGCUGCCGGUGUGCAGCACUUACGAGACAGUCCCAUGCCGAGCGCUGGGGAUGGUGCUCAGGUAUGUGGAGGGCCGAGUCUUUGUCACCAAGGUGCUCCCUGAGAGCCAGGCGGAGGUGGACGAGGUGGUGCUGGCCGGUGACAUCCUGGAUGAGAUCAACGGCUGCUCGCUGAGAUACGCCCACAGCGGGCAGGCUGGGGACAUCCUGCAGAAGCUGAAGGGACAGCCGCUCAUCUUCCGCCUGCUCCGGUGGCGGUGGCACGACGGGCAGGUCUAUGAGCCACUGCUGCCCUACCUGAAGGUCCUGAAGGAGAAGGAGCCCCACUUCCAGCUCCAGCACAGCCCCCGGCACAGGGGCGAGGGGGAGCCACGGCAGCUGCGGGGGGGCAGGCUGCUCUACAACCUGCAGUACCUGGGCCAGACCAGCAUUGGGACGUAUGGUGGCAAAGAGGUGCUGGAGCAGGCCAUCCCUGCAGUGCUGGAGGGGCACUUGGCAGUGCAGGAGGUUUUAUUUGAUGUGAAGGAGGCAGAAGUCCUGGUGCAGGAGAAAGCGUCUUCCAAGCUCCUGUGCCGCCAUCCCUACCCCACCAUCUCCUGCGUGGGACGCUGCACGUGGAGCAGCAGGAUAUUCGCCUUCUGUGUGGCCUCUUCCCCAGAGAGCCCUGACGGGAGCACGUUCGACUGCCUGGUGUUUGCAUCGAGUUCUGAGCAAGAAUGCGAGGAGAUCGUCGGGAGAAUCGCUGCAGGAUUUAAGCACACGGAGUGGUUUGUCUGAGGAAGGAGAACCUCAUGACGAGGCACUGGUGUCCCAGCCUCCCCCAGCAGCACAUGAGGGAUGCAGGCCCCGGCUCUCAGAGCAGGAUUUGGGAUGGUUUUCACACCAGUGUCACACCAUCCUGGUGGGACAAUCACUGAUGGCCACCGCUGACUUACAGCAGACACUGGUAGGAACUGCUGCUGUUCUUCCCUCUGAAGUGCCACUGCACUUUAAUUUCAUUGGAAUAAAUCAAGCCAAGCUGGCUCAACUGCU